CCCCCUACUUUCUCUCCCCGGCGGCGGCUUCUCUCUCUCUCCCCCUUCUCACCGCGGCGGAACCCCAGUGGGCAGGACCGAGGCCAGCCCGGAGGCGGGGGGCUAGAUGACCCGGCCCCCGGGCCGGGUCCGAGGCCGCGCUGCCGAGGAAGCUGGGCCCCGGUGUUACUGGGGAACCCGCCUCUCCGUGGCGGCCGGGUCUCGUCCGCCUCCUCUCCCAAUUUGGGGGCGGGGGGGAGACGGAGGCGCGGGGCACCCGGCGUCCCCGCGGGCGCACGGCGCCGCUCACGCCCGCCCGUUGCAGGGCCGCGGACCCCGGCGUCCCGGGCGCCGGGCUGGCUGCCGCUGGUCUGGUGGGCGCUGCUCCCGGCCGGGCUCUCCGCCUGCCCCGCCCCGUGCCGCUGCGCGGGCACCGUCGUGGACUGCGGCCGGCUGGGGCUGACCGAGGACCUGCUGCCCGCCGCCUUCCCGCCGGCCACCACGGAGAUCGUGCUGUCGGCCAACAACCUGUCGGCCCUGCCCGAGGGGCUGUUGGACGGGCUGACGGCCCUGCGCGCCGUCCGCUUGUCCGGGAACCCCUGGCGCUGCGACUGCGGCAUCCACUACCUGCGGGCCUGGCUGCGCUGGCAGCAGCAGCGCGGCCCGUACCGCGAGCUGCGCUGCGCCUCGCCCCCCGACCUCCGCGGCCGCCUGCUGGCCUACCUGGCGGAGGACGAGCUGUUCUCCACGUGCCAGGCCCGGUACUGCCGCUGGGCGCUGGGCGCGCACCUCUGCCUCUCCGUCUUCCUGCUGCUGCAGGCGCUGCUGCUGCUGCUGGUCAUCCUCAGGCUGCGCCGCUACCAGGCCCUGGCGCGCGAGGCCCGGCGCGCCGCCCGGGAGCCGCUGCAGACCGUGCCGCUCGUGCCCCCGCAGCCUGAGGCCCCCUCCGCCUAGCCCCGACCUCGGACCGGAUGGGCCGGACGUUCGGGACGCCCCCGCCCGUCCUCCCCCUCCCGUCCCCAAGCCCCGGGUGGACCCCCCCCCCCGACUCCACACGCCAUGCUCCCCUCCCUCCCCCCCGCACACCGGCCCGGGACCCUCACACCCCUUUCACCCCCCCCGGACCCACCGGGAAUCCCGCUGCCCAACCUUCACCCCGCCCAGGCCCGUGUCCCUCCACACCCCCGUCCCCCGCGGACUGGCCCAAGACCCCCGUGGCCUCCUCCUGGGUGACUGGGCCAGGACCCUCGCUCCCCCCCGCUGCCCGAUCUGUACUCCAUCCACUCCCGCUCCCGUUCCUCCGGCCGAGUGGAUCCGGCCGGGCCCCUUGUCCCUCACCCCCUGGGCAGACUGGCCCGAGACCCUCACGCCACCUCCCCCUCACCCCGUCCUCCGGGGAGACCAGCCCGGGACCAUACUGCCCAACCUGCACUCCUCCCAGCCCCGCUCCCCCACACCAAGCGGAUCGGGCUAAGCCCCUCGUCCCUCCCCCGGCCCUGGCCGACGGGCCCGGGACCCUCGUGCCACCCUUCUCCACCGGGGGCCCGGUCUCCCCACCCGCCCUCCUCCACAGGUGGGCCGAACGGCCAUCCCCUCGUCCCGCGCUGACCCCUCCGGGCCGCGGGCGGCCCGGUGGGCGCCGCGGCCGCUCUCGGCCGGGCGAGAGGGGUCGGGGGACGGCGGGCCCCGAUCCCCCCCGCGGUGAGCGCGGCCCCCGUGGAUCUCGGUGAAAAUAAAAUCCCCGGCCCGACGCGUGUGCCGCAUCCGGUUGGGGCCAGGGGUGACCGAGGGGGCGGGGCCGUCAGGCGCAGGGGCCCGCCGCGCGCCUCUGAUUUCGGGUCGGGGCCGACGACGCUCUAGGAUCCCCGCUCUGGCCCCGGGAGGAGACGGUGAGGCGCCGGGCUGUGGCGGGAACUCGCUCUGCUCUGAAA